AAUGAAUGGAAUGAUGAAAUCUUUGUAUAUUGAGGACAAUGUCUCUAUUAAUUUAAAAGAUAUACCAAUUCCUUAACCAUCAAAUGGAUAAGUAUUGAUUAAGGUUGAAUAUGCUCCAGUCAAUCCAUUUGAUAAAGAAUUUCUAAAUGGAUACAAAAUUGGUUAAAAAUAAUUAGUAAGUACUGUUCCUGGAUUUGAAGGAUCAGGUACAGUUAUAGCUUCAGGGUAACUUAGAAUAUAAAAUAUUAAGUGGUGGUUUAUUAGGUUGGCAAUUAAAAGGAAAUCGCGUAGCAUUUUAUACAGAACAUUAAUUUGGAGCUUAUGGUUAAUAUGCAAUAGCAGAUGUAAAUUAUUGUGCUGAAUUACCUAAAAAUAUUACAUUUUAAGAAGGUUGUUGUAGUUUUAUAAAUCCUAUGUCUGUUUUAAUGAUGUAUCAAUUAUUAGGGAAUGCAUCUGGAAUUGUGUCUACUGGUGCAUGUACAAAUAUAGGAAGAAUGUUAAUGAGAUAUUGUUAAUCUAAAGGAAUAAAUGUUAUUAAUAUUGUUAAAUCUUAAGGAGAAGAAAAACUAUUGAAAGAUGAAGGAGCAAAACUUAUUUUAAAUAUAAAUCAAGAAGAUUUCGAUGAAAAACUAAAAUUAAUGUCUUCUUCAUAUAAGUAUAUUUAAUCAUAUUAAUAAUAUAUAGUACAACGGUUCUAUUUGAUUCAAUUGGAGGAGAUCAAUUAAGUAGAAUAUUGAAUCUCAUGCCAAAUAAUUCAAGAACUUAUCUAUAUGCUAAUUAUUCAAAAAAAUCACUUGAAGGAAUAUAUAGUGCUAAUUUAAUGUAUUAAAAUAAAAAGAUAUUUGGGUAAUUACUAUGAAUAUUUAAUAGAUUUUCUUUUGUAGAUAUUUUAUAAAGUAAAAAUAUAAUUCAAUUAAAAUUGAUGAUGAAAGAAAUCUUAAAUAAUAUUUAAGGAUGUUUUAAGACUUUGCCAACUCAAAUUGUAAAUAAAAUUUAUUAAUUUUAGUUCUCAUUAGAGGAAUUUGAAAAAGCAUUAGAAUCUAAGGAGAAAGCAAUUUUAAAAAUAUGAU